AUGGCGGCGUCUGGCAGCGGUGGGGGCGCCGUGCUGACACCUGGCGGACGUAAGAAGAAACACAGGAUUGUGCGCACCAGGAACAAACGGCAGGAUAGACUUGUGCGCACCAGGAACAAACGGCAGGAUAGACUUGUGCGCACCAGGAACAAACGGCAGGAUAGACUUGUGCGCGGAACAAACGGCAACAAACGGCAGGAUAGACUUGUGCGCACCAGGAACAAACGGCAGGAUAGACUUGUGCGCACCAGGAACAAACGGCAGGAUAGACUUCGAGCCUUCAGCGAGUCUUCAGCGAGCCUUCAGCGAGCCUUCAGCGAGGCUUCAGCGAGCCUUGAGCGAGCCUUCAGUGAGCCUUCAGCGAGUCUUCAGCGAGCCUUCAGCGAGCCUUCAGCGAGCCUUCAGCGAGCCUUCAGCGAGUCUUCAGCGAGCCUUCAGCGAGACUUCAGCGAGGCUUCAGCGAGCCUUGAGCGAGCCUUCAGUGAGCCUUCAGCGAGUCUUCAGCGAGCCUUCAGCGAGCCUUCAGCGAGCCUUCAGCGAGCCUUCAGCGAGGCUUCAGCGAGCCUUCAGCGAGCCUUCAGCGAGCCUUCAGCGAGGCUUCAGCGAGGCUUCAGCGAGCCUUCAGCGAGCCUUCAGCGAGGCUUCAGCGAGCCUUCAGCGAGCCUUCAGCGAGCUUCAGCGAGCCUUCAGCGAGCCUUCAGCGAGCCUUCAGCGAGCCUUCAGCGAGCCUUCAGCGAGGCUUCAGCGAGCCUUCAGCGAGCUUCAGCGAGCCUUCAGCGAGUCUUCAGCGAGCCUUCAGCGAGCCUUCAGCGAGCCUUCAGCGAGCCUUCAGCGAGCCUUCAGCGAGCGAGCCUUCAGCGAGUCUUCAGCGAGCCUUCAGCGAGCCUUCAGCGAGCCUUCAGCGAGCCUUCAGCGAGGCUUCAGCGAGCCUUCAGCGAGCCUUCAGCGAGCCUUCAGCGAGCCUUCAGCGAGGCUUCAGCGAGCCUUCAGCGAGUCUUCAGCGAGCCUUCAGCGAGCCUUCAGCGAGCCUUCAGCGAGCCUUCAGCGAGUCUUCAGCGAGGCUUCAGCGAGCCUUCAGCGAGCCUUCAGCGAGCCUUCAGCGAGUCAGCGAGUCUUCAGCGAGGCUUCAGCGAGCCUUCAGCGAGCCUUCAGCGAGCCUUCAGCGAGCCUUCAGCGAGCCUUCAGCGAGCCUUCAGCGAGUCUUCAGCGAGGCUUCAGCGAGCCUUCAGCGAGCCUUCAGCGAGCCUUCAGCGAGUCUUCAGCGAGCCUUCAGCGAGUCUUCAGCGACCCUUCAGCGAGUCUUCAGCGAGGCUUCAGCGAGCCUUGAGCGAGCCUUCAGCGAGCCUUCAGCGAGUCUUCAGCGAGCCUUCAGCGAGCCUCAGUGAGCCUUCAGCGAGGCUUCAGCGAGCCUUCAGCGAGCCUUCAGCGAGGCUUCAGUAG